AAUGAACGUGCUGUUUACAACCCUAGCAUGAAUGACCGAGAAAACCCUCGAAACUCUCUGUAACAAGACACAAGAGACGUUUCACAAACCUCAAAACCAAAAUACCUCCCUUUCAACUCCAUGCCCAAAUGCCAACCAUUCAACACCAACUCCAUCCUCAAGGCUCUCAACAACUUGUUUUCGUUCCCAAGUAAGUUCCUUUCUCUUUCUAUGCACUCUAACUUUUCAGCUCAUGCCAUUCCAUCCACCAAAACUAUUGAAACUGAACCCCUAAACCACACUCAACACUGUAACACCACUGACCAAGAAAAUGGCAUUGAACCUGACCCCCCAAUAUCUGAUAAGAUAUUCAAGUCGGGCCCCAAAAUGGGUUCUUACAGGUUGGGUGAUUCAACCUUUUAUUCCCUCAUUAAUAACUAUGCAAAUCUGGGCGAUUUUAAGUCUUUGGAGAAGGUUUUGGAUCGAAUGAAGUGCGAAAAGAGAGUGAUUUUUGAGAAAUGUUUCAUUGUUAUCUUUAAGGCUUAUGGGAAAGCUCAUUUACCUGAAAAAGCUGUUGACUUGUUUGAUAGAAUGGCUUGUGAAUUUGAGUGUAAAAGAACUGGAAAGUCGUUUAAUUCGGUUCUUAAUGUGAUUAUACAAGAGGGUUUGUUUCAUCGUGCUUUAGAGUUUUAUAAUCAUGUUAUCGGUGCCAAAGGUGUCAGUAUAUCCCCUAAUGUACUUACUUUUAAUUUGGUUAUUAAGGCAAUGUGUAAGGUGGGAUUAGUUGAUGAUGCGAUCCAGGUGUUUAGAGACAUGACGAUUAGGAAAUGUGAGCCUGAUGUGUACACUUAUUGUACAUUGAUGGAUGGACUGUGCAAGGCGGAUAGGAUUGAUGAGGCAGUUUCGCUGUUGGAUGAGAUGCAAAUUGAUGGUUGUUUUCCUAGUCCUGUUACGUUCAAUGUGUUAAUCAACGGUUUGUGUAAGAAGGGUGAUUUAUCACGGGCCGCGAAGCUUGUAGACAACAUGUUUCUUAAAGGAUGUAUUCCUAAUGAAGUAACUUAUAACACACUUAUUCAUGGUUUGUGUCUGAAAGGGAAGCUGGAAAAGGCAAUUAGUCUUUUGGAUCGGAUGGUAUCGAGUAAAUGUGUGCCUAAUGUGGUCACAUAUGGGACAAUCAUUAAUGGACUUGUUAAGCAAGGAAGAGCUCUUGAUGGGGCUUGUGUAUUAGCUUUGAUGGAGGAAAGGGGGUAUUGUGUUAAUGAGUAUGUUUACUCAACACUAAUUAGUGGGUUGUUUAAAGAGGGGAAAUCUCAAGAGGCAAUGCAUUUGUUCAAGGAGAUGACAGUAAAAGGAUAUGAGCUCAACACCAUUGUAUAUAGUGCUGUUAUUGAUGGUUUAUGCCGGGAUGGAAAGCCAGAUGAUGCGGUGGAAGUUCUUUCUGAGAUGACUAAUAAGGGCUGCACACCUAAUGCAUACACCUGUAGCUCGCUGAUGAAGGGAUUCUUUGAGGCGGGUAAUAGCCAUAGAGCUGUUGAAGUGUGGAAAGACAUGGCAAAGCAUAAUUUUACUCAGAAUGAGGUUUGUUACAGUGUACUCAUUCAUGGGUUAUGCAAGGAUGGGAAAGUCAAGGAGGCUAUGAUGGUGUGGACACAGAUGUUGGGCAAAGGAUGUAAGCCUGAUGUUGUGGCUUACAGUUCAAUGAUUAAUGGCCUUUCCAUUGCUGGCUUAGUAGAAGAUGCUAUGCAACUUUAUAAUGAGAUGCUUUGUCAGGGACCUGAUUCUCAACCAGAUGUGGUCACAUAUAACAUACUAUUGAAUACAUUGUGCAAGCAGAGUAGCAUCUCUCGUGCCAUUGAUCUUUUAAAUAGCAUGCUGGAUCGGGGAUGUGAUCCCGACUUGGUUACAUGCACCAUAUUCUUGAGAAUGUUGAGAGAGAAGCUGGACCCACCUCAGGAUGGGAGGGAGUUUCUAGAUGAGCUUGUGGUUCGUCUUUUAAAGCGACAGAGAGUUUUAGGUGCAUCUAAAAUUGUAGAAGUGAUGCUGCAAAAGCUUUUGCCACCAAAACACUCUACUUGGGCACGAGUUGUCGAAAAUCUUUGUAAACCUAAGAAGGUUCAAGCGGUCAUUCAGAAGUGUUGGAGCAUCCUGUAUUAAUGAUUCAUUGGGUUCUCUGUGACGUUGUUGUGAAGCUCAUAUGAUCAUAAUGAACCUCUAGCUUAUAGAGCAUAGACUUCUGUCACAAUUAUAUGGAGUGUGUGACCAGGGCAGGUGUUGGUUAAUACGAAUUUGAAACGAACUGUUGGAGAAGUUGAGUACAUUGUGUUUGAGCUAGGAAACACCACUGGAAGUCCCUGAAUGCAGUACCCUGAGUAUAGGCCAAAACACCUUAUCUCAUUGUUGUUUCCCUUGAAAGCGAAAAAAUCCAUGAAAAAUUCAGAGUUCUGCUCCAACCACAUCCGCCAAAGAACUUCAAAUACAGUGUAUCUCUACAGGGGCUUAUGAUUGUUCUUUGUCCCAAAACCUGGAAAAGACAUUAGUGAAAGGUCCUAUACUUGAUCAGAGAUCACCAACAUCCCUGACAAACUGAGGAAAGAUGUGCUACAUAUCCCUAGCGCUUGGACAGUGCAAAAAGAAUUGCUCUGUGUCUGUCACAUUAUUAUUUUUGUAUAACACACAUAUUAGUAGAAAAUUACAUUAUAUGGCCUGUUUCAAGCAGAUAUCAUUGCUAUUAGUUCUAUGGUCUGCAUCAUCCAAGUGAAGGCCUUGACUUCAUAUAAAAGUUUGGUUUUCCAUAUACAAGUGCCCAGAGGGAAACAAAGGCAAGCCGAGCCUAAGUGAUGAAAAAACAAAAAAAAAAUUACCGGAAUAUUACCAAAACUCUGUUAUGAGGUCUUGAAAAAAAAUAAAAAUUGGGGAGUGGAAGCAACAAAAUGAAAUCCUAUAACAUGAGUUGAGGAGUAGAAGCCAACAAAUUAAAUCCUCCCAUUUGGGUUUUCAGAAACAUGGCAGCCACCAUAUUACCCCUGCCAUGUUGAAGAGAAAAGGUGGCAACAACCAAACUAGGGUGGCCAUAAAUAUGGGGAAAUACAACGGAGAAAGAAUACACCUGUAUCCACUGUUCAUUCUAUUAGAUAAUAUCUAAACCGGUAGCUAAUUAAAAUUUCAUUAGAGGAAAUUGCUGAGGAUACCUGUGAAAGAACUUAAAGGACUCCAGUUUGGCAUUUGAGCCACUUGAUUGAAGACCAGACUUACAAUUAAUUACCACUCCCGCUUAGCUGCAAAAAAUCUCCUUUUUUCCCGAUUAAGAGCCACAGUAAACCUUCUAACUGACCAAAAGGAUCCUAUAAUUUUCAGUUCUCCGAAACAUUAAAUGUUUGGCAUAAUCUAACCGUCUAGCUACUAUUACAAGAAUCUUGAACAAAGGCAUAUAAUAAUGACAAAUGAGGGUAGGCCACCCCAAAAGAGAAAAAUGCACUUUUCUUCCAAUUGUUUCUGCAGCUAAUAGAAAAUUAAUAUGACAUAGAUAUUCUUUGCAAAGGUUUUGUGCUUAGUUUAAAAGCCACCAUAGAUUUGAAUAUCAUUUGGUCUCCUGAUGAGUGACAUUUGGCCCAGGAAGCUUGGUUUUAAAUCAAAAGCUCUUUGGAAGCGUAUGCGAAUAUUUUAAUUUUGGAGAUAGAUAAUCACCGGAGACAGGUUGUUGGUUUGAGCACUGAGAGAACUGGAUGAAUGUUUAAAGUGGCAGGUAUUAUGGUUUCUCCCGUAAACAUCUAGAAAGACUUUCAUAGUUGCUAAUAUGUAUCUAAAUUUUAUGGAUUUUGAUAUUGAAGUUAGGGAGACCCUUCUCCAGCAUCAGGAGAUCAUAUUUCAUGGUGGGUUGUUGGGUGCUUUAUGCAAGUGCAAUGAAGAUAAUGUUUAACCAACCUUUACUGUUUGGCUUUGUUCCAGAGGAGGUGCAGUCUUUUGUGUUCUUGAACUUUUGGAACUGUUUUGAUGAUGCUUAGGAUGGUGCUUGUGCUGCUGAUAAAUAGCUGGAAUAGAAGAUUUGGGGAGACAAAUUAGUCAUAAGAUUUGGGAAAUCUUGAGGUGGUUGAAUGGAAGUAUGGCUUUUCUGAGGGCCUGGAGCUUCCUUUUCAUAGGAUUGAACCUCCAAUCUUGGGAUCUUUUUCUCCAGCAUUGGAGGCUUUUCCCUGAAUAUCGAUUUUCCUGAAGUUUUGGAGCUGUCAGAAGCUAUUUUUAUUUCUUGUCCUUUUUUCGCUCUCAUCAUUUUGUGGUUAACGUACUUUCUUUGGCUCUUUUGUCUAUACUUACAGAUGCUGGCUAUUUACUCUCACUUCUGAUUAUUUUUUUAAUGCUCAUCGUUAGAAAUAUGGGUUUUCCAAUUUUAUUUUUGUAUGCUAGUGUGCCUUUUAAUCACUGUUUGUGGAAAUGUUCAAGAGUGUUUUGUCUUCCUUGUCUUCUUUUUAUCCUCUCAUGGUUACCUGCUCUCUCUUAUGUAAUGCCCUUAAGCUGGUUAGUUUUCUCUUGCUUUUAUUUAUUUCAUACCCAUCAUCAAACAAAAUAAGACUUCUCCAAGGAUAGUUUUUACCCUAGUGCCCUUUUAAUAGUUGCAUACAGAAUAUGCUUUUAGUGAGAAAUUUGUGCUUUCUGUUUGCUUUCUUGUGUUCAGUUUGGUCACUUAGAAUACUGAAUAGAAAAGCCUGAAAUUGAAGAUUUCCAAUCUCUUGUAAGUGGAUAGAAAUAUGAAAUCUAGGGCAUUACAAGACAAGGCACAGGGAAAUAUUUUGGAGGAUAUGUGAUUUGCAAGCCACAUUGCUGCUUUUUAUCUGAAAGUUGAUACAUUAAAAUGUUGUCAGUUAUCUUUGAUGAGCUCAAGAUGUCAUAAUUUUAAAUUGUAGUUGCAGGACUGAGACUUUGCAGGUGUUACAUAAUGAUUGCGGCUAUGGUUGUCAUGAAUCAUUUGUAAUUCUUAAUAAAUUUUAGCGUGCAUGCUUCUUUAAUAGUUUCACAAUAUAUGUACAAUAAUAACACUUCUAGUAGCUAAAUAUCAUAUAAGCAAUACAUUACAACUAUCAAAAGAGUGAAAAAGUGUGAAACCAUGAACUUGAAAUGCAAAAAAUCAUAUUAGUAUUUAGCAAGUAGACUGUUAUCGACCCAUUAUUUUGACAAUAAUAGCCUAUAAUAGCCGUUACCGGACAUUACAUGAGAACAUUAUGGCCUUUUUUCUUGUGAAUUGCCAUUAACAGCUCUAUGACAUCGAGUGAUGGUAAUGGGGCUCUCUGUUUCCGUAUGGCUGUUAAAUUUAUGCAAGAUGGGGCAACGAUGCCAGUUAUUUUACAGGUUAGGUCUGAAAUAAUUCUGCAUAGAUGUUGCUCUGCUCUGUUAUUCUUAUCUUAUUCAAAAUAAACAUGAUCGUUUAUAUACUAAUAUCAGGACGCAUAAUAUUUGCUUUGGUAACUUAAGGAUGAAGAAGAUGAUUUUAAGCUCCUUCUCUUGCAAUCUUAUCUUCAUAUUUCUUCUGUUGAUUCUGCCUUGUGAUGCAGAUGAGCCAUAUUAUUAGUAUGGAGACCAAAGAAGACAUGGUAAAUUAGCAUUACCACUGUACAAAUACCAAAUCUUUCAAAAGCCUUCGCACCCAAAGAUCCCAUUAGAAAGAUGUUUAUUGCAUUUGACAGGGAUGGAAGCCAUGGAACAAGUGGAACCCCAAACCUUUGACUUUCUCUGUUGAUGUAACAUCAUGGAUAAUCCAAUAGUCCUCAAGAACCAAAAAGGAACGAUUACAGCAUAUCCAACCUAACCAUUGGGAUUCAAUCCCCUGUAAGCAGAAAUUCCCAUGGACGAAGCAAUAAUGAUUAGCAGGAAGAAGACCAACUUCAAGAGGUUUAUUUGUGGUGUGAUUUCUCUGACAUAGUAUCUCCUCACAAGUAAUGCAGCAGCCAUCAUCAUGAAGAUAAAUAGGGUGCUUACUGACAAAAAAAUUACCAAGACAUCCAGGCUUGAGAAAAAAGCAAUGAGAGCACUUGAAAUGGUGAUAAGAAGUGUUGCAUUUAUUGGUGUUCUUGUCUUUGGUUGGACAAGAGCAAACCAUGGAGGGAUCAUGUGGGCUCGUGCAAUAUGAGUAGUACACUGCUUGUCCAGGCGCCUGGUCAUCCCCUUGAGGGCUCCAAGUGCUACCAGGUACUUAGCCCAGUUCAUUCCUACACUCUGAAAUGCAACAGAGUAAGGCACGUCCGGGUCAUCUCUUUCUAUUUUUGUAUCAUACUUGGUGAAAGUGCCAUUAAGCAGUAUAUAACGGUAAUGAUUGACAUGGAUCCAAGUACUCCUAACAGUAUGUGUCUUGAUGGGUUCCUUGUUUCUUCUGCCAUGGUGGCUAUAUUGUCAAAGCCUCCAUAAGCAAAGUAAACAAUUGCAGCUGCUUGGAAUAUCCCUUUCACCCCAAAAGGCAAAAAUGGUUUCAGAUUGGAUGUAUUGGCAUGAGCAAACCUGCAAUCUUGACAAAUAAAAUUACAGCAGUAUUGAGUGCCGUUGCUAUCCAAUUGAACACUGAAGUUUCCCUGGUGCUGGUCAUUGCAAUUGUUGCAGCAAUCACCAAAACUCGAACUGAAAUUGGAUCCAGGAGAUUGAAACCUUCAGCUAGAUUUGAAUGGAUGCGUAAAGAGUUGGAAGGACUGUCCAGAAGACUUGUGAAGUAAGAAGUCCAUGCCCUGGCAACUGCUGCACUGCCCAGGAUGCUUUCAAGCAAUAUGUUCCCUGCAGUUAUGAAAGCCACAGAGUCUCCUAAUUCAAUUCUCAAGUAACCAAAUGAACCACCUGCGACUGUGAUUUCAACUGCAAAUUCUGUGUAACAGAAUACAGAGAGCAUUGCUGAGACUUCAGAAGCAAAAUAGGACAAGACAAUGGCAGCUCGAGCAUGUAUGCAGGCCUCUUGUCCGGUGAGCACAAAAAAUACCAGCUCCAAUGACAACCAAAUCCAAACCAGUUAAGGUCCCACCAAGUGAGGCAGCGUUUCAUCUCAGUCUCACUCUGUUUCUGAAGCUCCGCAAUUUCAUUGGCAUCAUCUGAACAGCUGAUGAGAUUUUCCUUGAACUGGAAACAUGUCUGUGACAAUGCUGAAUGGUAGUUGCCCCAGCUUUGGAAGGACUCUUCUGGGAAGAAGUCUUGUUUGCUAAAUGUCCAAUAACUUUUAUGUUGAGUCUCACCACCAAUUUCUCCCAUGGAACCCAUAACUAUAUUCUCGUGUGUCCUGCGGCACUUAGUGGAGUAAACCGCAGAUGAUAAAGUUAAGCUUUUAUGGAGACUGUUAUCUUGUAAAGUAGUUUUCUUAAUAUAUAUAUAUAAGAAUAAUGAAGUAGUUUUUUGAUUUUUCA